CCAACGCAACCCUGUAGUGCAUCUGCAGCCAGCCGUCUCUCAAUAGGGGUCUCCCUGACGAUCAACGACUGCGUCCGUUCACGCUACCAAACACGGUCGCUCUUUCCACAACACACGUCGUCGCGCAAAUCACUGCUUCUUUAGCGGCAAUGGCAGCACCUGCCGAGAAGUACGAACCCGUAACUUUUGGCGUCACCAUCGAGGGACCAACAACCACUCUCGCAGCUCCUCCCAAGCCUAUUCUCCGCUCCCCGCCAUCCAACGACUCCACAAUGACCUCAGUCACCGAAGAGGUGGCAGCAAAGGAAGCACUUGUCAACUCGACAAACCCAUACUCUGCCUUCUACAAGCAUCCUGAGGCCCGUCGCUCCAUGGAUGGCGCCCUCCCGAGCAAGACGCACCUCGACGUCACCACCUUCGAGCGCGACGUUGAAGCCGGUGUCCCGCUUUCCACCGCAUCCACACAGCAACAGCCCAAGGUCUCGGUCGACGGCAGAGUCAAGGAGUGCAGUAUGUGGCCGUCAAGACAGGCCGUACUCGACCAGCGGAAGACAUACAAACGCACACGUGGCUGCAACCUCUUCCGCAACCUGACAGGCAAGCAGAGGCUGUACUGCAAGAUUUUCAUCGCCCUCGUCGUCGUAGCUGCUGCUGUGGGCCUCGGUGUGGGCAUCACACGAGCGGUUGGCGGCGGCGUGUGGGCUGGUGAUGGCAAGAGCAAGGAGAUUCCGCACAACUGAGCGGGUUGAGCAGCAUCAUUGUAUCAGGAUCGCUUCACGUUUGUCUUUCGAGCACCAUUCACGACUUCAUUACACACACUUUUUGCAGAAUCAUUGCUGGUAUCUAUUUUCUUGUGUUUAUC